GGCCAUUUUGGUUUCAUUAUGGUGUGCUCACCACGUUGGAGACUACGGAACGUCCGGUGUUCACCAAGGUGACGGGACCAGGGAGAUGGUAGAGGAGGCGUUGUCGCCAGUGCAUAGACCAGUUUCAGAGACGCAGCGCCGCCCUAGUUGGCCCGCGCGACACCGCUCUGGAGACAGCAGAAACGAGCUCCAGCCCCAUUUGCCCCUAGCUCCUGGCCGGGCCCAGCCCACAGCCUCCGAUGGCGGCGACCGAGCUGAAGGAGCUGCCUCAGGUUUUUGGCAUGGAACAGAGGAUGAGGAGGCGUCUUCUAAGCAGAGUGUUUCUGUAGAAGGAUUAUUACAGAUCAGGACUUUCAAGGCAGGUUUAUCCACCCAGAACACUUACCUCUAGGAGAUGGGUGUCCCAGUCUUGAAAGCCAUUCUGCACCUUACUGAGCAAGCAACACACCUUGGGCAGAAUCCAUGCUUGGGUGGGGCAUGUAUGAGAUGCUUCUGGAUGAGAGCAAACCUUCACCAGCAACUGAAGCUUCCCACUGGAGAGAAACCCUUCAAAAAAGACAUGGACGGGGCCUCAUUUAUGAAGAGCUGCAGAUUUCAUGUGUCCAGGAAACCCUUCACCUGUGGAGAGGUUGGGAAAGUCUUCCCAGCAACCUGAAGCCUUCUCCAUCACCAUGCCACUCCUGAUUUAAGGCCACCCAGUGGCCUCGAGUGUGGGGAGACCUUUCACAGUGGAAAAAGACUUUGCAAGUGGGGUAAAUGCGGGAAUUCUUUUAGUAACAAACAUACACUUAUUCACUACAAGAGUGUCUGCACUGUAGAGGGCCUUUAUGAGGGUAGCAAAUGUGGGAAAGACUUCAGCUGCAAGUACAGACUUGUUCAGCGCCAGGGAAUUCACACUGGAGAAAGGCCAUAUAAUUGUGGUGAAUGUGGGAAAUCCUUCAGAUUCAAAUGUUCUCACCAUCAGGGAGUUCACACUGGAGAAAGGUCUUAUGAGUGUAGUGAAUGUGGGAAAUGCUUUACCCAUAGAUCUGAACUUAAGAGACACAAGAGAAGUCACACUGGAGAAAGGCCUUAUGAGUGCAGUGAAUGUGGGAAAUUCUUUGACCGUAGUGCCUACCUUCAUAAUCAUAAGAGAAUUCACACUAUAGCUACACCAUAUGAGUGCAAUAGAUGUGGAAAAUUCUUUAACUAUUGUUCCUACCUGAAUAAACAGAAGAAGGUUUAUGCAGGAACAGAAUUAUAUGAGUGUUGUGAGUGUUCAAAAUUCUAUAGCCAAGGGUUCAGCCUCAUUCUAUAUCAGAGAAUUCACAUAUUUGCAUAUGAGUGUGGUGAAUGUGGAAAAUCUUUUAACUGCAAAUCUUUACUCAUUUUCCACCAGAGAGUUCACACCGGAGAAAGGCCUUGGUGCAUGGCAUGUGAGAAAUCAUUUCACCAUCAGUCAGCCUUCAUUCAACAUUGGAUAAUUCACACUGGUGAAAGGCCUUAUGAGUGCAUUCAGUGUGAAAAAUUUUUUAGUGUAGCUCUUAAUAAACACAAGAAAAUUCAUACUUGAGAAAGGCCUUAUGCAGGUAGCAAUUGGAGGAAAUCCUUUUUCUACAAGCAUGGCCUCAUUCGACACCAGAGUUCACAUAGGAACAAAGUCGUAUGAGUGGACAAUGAGAAAUCUGCUAGGUAAAGUACGACCUCAUUCAACACCAGAGAAUUCACACAGGAGCCAGGCUGAUGAGUGUGACAAAUGUGAAAAAUCCUAUAGCUGUAAAUCUGAGUUCAUUUACCACUGGAGAGUUCACACUGAGAAAGUUCUUAGAUGUGCAAGGAAUGUACGGUUUCUUUGUUCAGUAUAUCAACACUUGAUGGAGAGUCUUUGUGAGGGACUUAUCUACCUGAAUUGACUCUCCUACAUUCAAAUGUACAGAAAAGGGAGAUUCUCCAUUGGUUGUAAGUAUGAGGGAAGCCUUCAGAAGUUGCAUUGCACUUUCUAACCUGCCAAGGUGUCCAGAGAUAGACUUCUGUGUCUUCAUAUUCAUUGGAGGAAAUUAUGAGUAUUGGAGGAAAAGGGGACCAUCAUUCCCCUCUCUCUGACUAUUGAGGGCCUGGAUCUGACCCAGUUUUGACCUAGAAGACCCAAUCUGAGUUGUGCUAGUGUUUUUUCAAGGGCGAUUGCAUUUUUCAGGUGUAUUUUUGAUCUCCCAUGAUGCUUGAAUAUGUCCAGCUUCCAAGUCACUGGCCUGGAAACCAUCUGCCGCACACUGCUCUGGUGUGUGCAGUCAUAAAUGUCUUUUCAUUUAAGCACCUUAAAUCUUGGGGGCUCCACUCACGAUGCUGGGUGAUUUAAGAGCAGUAUUAGGAUCUGCCUACAUAAAAGGAUGUGGUGACAUGAAUUGCUUGAUGUUGCCUUUUGCCUUGGUUCUUUGGAAAAACAGCAUGGGGUAUUUUUCCCUUUAAGCCCUGAAGAAUUUUACCUUUGCCCUAGAACUUUGGAAAAAUUACUUGGGCCUCCCAGGUUGCUUUCUACCCUAGAGAGAGAUUUUUGCCGAGGGAGGAUGUAGUUCUCUACCACUGGAAACUUAAGUUUUGUACAAGACUUGAUUGACACCUUAUGGGCUUCUGACUCCACCAAAAUGAUUGGUCCACGAUCUUGCAAGGAAUUGGUCGAUUUAUAUUCAAAUAAUGGCUUGAAAAUCUACCCAGUAGGAUUGAGUGACUUGCAGUCCAUCGAGAAGAUUGGUCAGUUUGUGUUAGGAGUGUCGAGCCUUGAAAUUGACAAGAAGUUUACUUAUAUAAACAGCCACCUCCACAGAGAUUUUUAGAGGAAAUAAGGGAACCUGAAGACCAAUAAGAGCAUGGAGCAGGACAAUAUGGACCUGGGGUUGCCGUGAGGGGAACCUUCUAAGAAAAGCAGUAAUAGGGGUUCAGGGCUGUAACACUGAAUAUGGCGAGGAGCCUGGAGAGGGGCCCAUGGGCAGAAUCUGCAGUGACGAGAAAGCUGCUGCUAGGAAAGCAGUUAAAGAGCUGAGCAGUCUGCCACACUGGCUCUGAGCUGGGCCAGUUACAAAUGGCAGAAAGGUCUGAAGGCAGAGAGGCCUGAAGCUAGACAAGGGGCAUGCAUGGUCAAGAGGAUCCUGCUUGCACAGCUGAGGGGUCUUCUAGCAUGACAGAGAGCAGCUGAGAGAGCUGUCCUGGUGGUUGGAAGCUAUCCUGCACUGAAGUAGGGAGGGAUGUGCUCUCCAUUUUGAAGGAGUCUUCCAAAUCUCGUCUGUGUGCUUCCUGAUCCUUAUCCCAAGUUGUUCCUGUUACUUUCAAGUUGAUUCUGAUCCUUAGUUGUAGCCUGUUAUGAGCCUAAUAAACCACACGACUGUAAGUGUGGUCUUUGAGCUCUGUGUAGCCGUUGCAACGAAUUACCGAACUCAGCAGAGAAGUAGAGAGUGCCGUGGUGGGAGGCAGGGGUGGCUGUUGUCAGAAAUGGUGAAGAAAUUGGAGAGAGGAAGUAUGUCUGCUCUCUACCUCAUGGGAACCAGCUUUGUUCUGGUCCUGAUUCUUAACCCUCAGGAAUUUAGACAAUUCCUUAUGUGGCAAAACAAGGGGUGAACAACUCUUAUGGGACCCUGAACUUUGUGUGCCUCAGAGGGGACAAUGUUAUGGCAGAAAACAGCUCUCUCUUCAGUUGGGGCCUAAAUUGCAUUGCUGCCAAGGAUUCCUGGGGAAGAAUGUAGGCUUUUUGGUCCUAAAUUGUAACUAGAUGAAAGUUUUGUGUGUGUGUGCACGUGUGUGUACAUUUGCUCAAAGGUCACCCUAAAGAGGGCAAGGUUGUGAGUCUCCAGGGCUUUUGAGAAUAACACGAAGUUUUCCCAUUGUCCACCAGGGAGAUUACAUAUUGUCCAGCACUGUGGAGGGCUCAGGGAGACCCAUAAUAAGUAUAGAAACACUGGAUUAAAAAGGAGUGGAGGAGACUGCAGCAAAUUAGAAUGCAUGUGCCUCUUUUAAAAGUGCUUCCACACACAUUCCUGUUGCUAUCAGUGUAUUGGAUUCAGCAUGCAGAGAAACUCAGGACCUCUAGACCUGGGUCCCUGCUGAGAUGAAGAAUUAACUUUACCCAAAGAAUUUUACUUAUUUUCCCUGGGUCCUGGGGGGUAACCUCUGAAUCCUUGGUAUCUCCUGAGUGAUUGGCGUGUCUUUGUUAUUUAUAAGGGUCACUGGACCACAUUUGUAGUUUAUGCUAAGGAGGUGAGUCAUAUUGGGGCUGGCCACGCCAGGAAGCCCACCACCUAAUAUCAGCCCAGCUGCCAGCGCAGGUAGGGGAGCUGGAGGUUGAGUCCAGUCACAUGGCCAGUUAUUCAACCAAUCAUGCCUACAAAUUGAAACUCCAAAAAAACUCUAUAGACACUGAGCUUCCCUGACUGACAGUACAUUGGUGUGCCAAAAGGGUGACCUGUCCUGACUCACAGGGAGAGGUUACGGAAGCUCAUGUUUGGAUUUUCCCAGACCUUUGCUCUACGUACUUUUUUUGUAUACUUUAUUGAUGUAAUAAAACUGUAACCAUUAAGUAUAGCGUUUUUCUGAUUUCUGUGAGUCAUUUGCAGAUUAUCAAACCUGAGGGUAGCGGGAACCCCUGUAUUUGUAGCCAGUUGUUAAGAAGUGCAGGUGGUCUAGAACCCUCAAAUUUGUAGCUAGUGUCUGAAAUAAGGGCAUUUUUAUGCAAGACUGUGUAAUCCGUGAAAUCUGACCCAUCUCCUUGUACUUAGUGUCAGAAGAAUUGCAUGUGUGCAGCUGUGGUCAGAGCAAAUAGUUUUUGUGGAUUCCUGUAGCCUAUGACUGUUUACCUCAAGGCCAUUGAUGAACAGGCAGGAAAGCAAGGAUGAAGCUAAAGGAAAUCCCAGAGUCCAGGGGUGUGGCUUUUAUGAUCCAACCAGCAUUCCUCUUGACUCAGGUGGCAGUGGCCUUCAUUGCUCGCCAAUAUUUGUUGCCUCUCCAGGCCAUGAGGAGAGUGAUGGAGGUGGUAGUGUUGCCCAACCUGAUUUUCCAAAAAGAAUGGAAGGUCUGGAAUUUUAUUUUGAAUCAUUUUUUUAAAGCUUUACUGAGGUAUAAUUGACAUGAAGUUGUUAGGUGCUGUCAUGUCAGUUCUAACUCAUAGCGACCCUAUGUACAACAGAACGAAACA